AUGAAAGGUAAAGAGCGGUCGCCGCUGAAAAAACGCUCUCGGGCCUUGGACGACAUUCGCGAUAGGGGAGGAUGCCAUCCGAGCAGCAAGAAAAUGGGCGCGCUGUCCCUGUCCGGCGGGAGUAAUAAUAAUGGCAAUAGCUCGGGUAAAAGUGACGGCGGUUCGACCAGGAGGAGUCUUCUCGGCGACAAAAGAGACCGGGACUUCGACGGCCACGGUCGGCUUGGAAAUAAUCACAACUGUCAGCCCGUCGGCUCAGCGAGCAAGAACCACAGCAGCCUGAGCCUCUCGCUAGAUUUGGCCGGGGCGAGGAGCACGUCGCGCGGGGACCAGCGGCUCCCGGCUCUCGGGGCAGAGGGUGAGUACAAAACCCUGAAAAUCAGCGACCUGGGGAACCAACUUAGCGACGAGGACGUCGAGGACGGGCUAUUUCACGAAUUCAAAAAAUUCGGCGACGUCAGCGUCAAGCUGAGCCGCAGCAACGACGAGAGAAUCGCCUUCGUCAACUUCCGGAAGCCAGAGGACGCCCGGGCGGCCAAACACGCCAGGGGCCGGCUAGUGCUUUACGACAGACCACUCAAGAUAGAGGCGGUGUACAUUAGCAGCUCGAGGAGCCGCUCACCAGUCGAGAGAGACCUCUACAGCGCCGCUCCGAGCCACAGACACUUGCAGCGGCCGCUUUCGCCAACCGGCCUCGGAUACAGAGACUACCGCCUGCAGCAGCUGGCCUUGGGCCGGCUACCCCCUCCCCCCCCGCCACCCCUGCCCAGAGAACUGGAGCGGGACCGGGAGUUCGCCCUGUUCGAGGCUCGAGCCAGGCCGGCAUUCAUCGCCGAGCGGGCUGCCUUCCGAGAGGAGGAUUUAUUAUCGCCAGAAGAUGACCAAAGAGCCAAUCGGACCUUGUUUCUCGGCAACUUGGACACAGGGGUCACUGAGGCCGACCUGAGGAGAGCCUUUGACAGGUUUGGCGUCAUCACGGAGGUGGACAUCAAGAGGCCUGUAUGGGACCAGACGAGCACGUACGGAUUUUUGAAAUUUGAGAACCUGGACAUGGCUCACCGUGCCAAACUCAGCAUGUCUGGGAAAAUAGUGGGCUGCAAACCAAUUAAGAUAGGCUAUGGAAAAGCCACACCCACCACACGUCUGUGGGUGGGGGGGCUAGGACACUGGGUGCCCUUGAACGCCCUCGCCAGAGAAUUUGAUCGCUUCGGCACCAUCAGGACUAUAGACUACAGAAAGGGGGACACAUGGGCUUACAUUCAGUACGAAAGCCUGGAUGCGGCGCAAGCGGCGUGCACGAACAUGCGGGGAUUCCCUCUCGGGGGCUCCGAGAGGAGACUUCGUGUGGAUUUCGCGGACACGGAGCACCGUUACCAGCAGCAGUUCUUGCAGCCACUCUCCAUCGCGCCCUUCGACAUGGUGGCAGAGUCGUUUGUCCACCGCAAUGCGCAGGAACCUCUAAGGGUCAGAGAACGGAGUCCCCCGCCACUUCAUUUCAGAGACAGGGAGCUUUUCCCUGGCGCCGACUGGCCCAAUCCGCCAGCUUUCCGAGACAGGGUGCGAGCUUCCUUUGAGCCCCUGGAGCACUUGGACCGUGAGCGGCGAGCACGCGAGCCCUGGUCUCUGGAGCGGGAGCUGCACGGGCGGGAGCCGGCACGCAAGCGGCGCCUCAUGGACGACAGGCGCCACCUGGACUACUCGCCCGAUAGCUCUGACAGGACAAUAAGGCGUCGGCGCAACUCUCCGGACGGCAGCCCCGGUGGCAGUAGCAGAGACGGUGGCCGAUUCAGCGACCCGGAGCGCCCCCCGCGGAGUGAAAGACUUUCCCCUGCACGAGAGCGUCACAGCAGCCUGGAACGAGGCGGGACGGAGAGGAGACUCAGAGGUAUUUCUGAUAAGGGCCCGUCGGGCGGCAACAUUUCACUAGUCGGAGAACGUAAACGUAAAGCCGGCGAGGGCGGCAAAGGAACGGCAAAGAGGGACCGCUCCGAGGGUUCAUCCAGAAGCACGCAACAGUCCAAAUCGGACAGUGCCAAGCUGACUCUGGCCUGGCAGGGUAUGCUGCUGCUGAAGAACAGCAACUUCCCGGCCAACAUGCACCUGCUGCAGGGCGACCACGGCGUGGCCAGCGAGCUGCUCACCGACGGGACCACCGGCAAGCAGGUGUGCGAGCUGAAGAUCACCCAGCGCCUUCGCCUUGACCAGCCCAAGCUCGAUGAGGUUUCCCGGCGCAUCAAAGCGGCGGGCCCCGGCGGCUAUGCCGUCCUCCUGGCGGUUCCCGGUGCCGCCGAGGACUCGUCGUCUGACCCGGCCGUCUCCACUCAGCGGCCGCUCCGCAACCUGGUGUCCUACCUCAACCAAAAGCAGGCGGCGGGUGUCAUCGGUUUGCCUGUGGGCGGGAGUCGUGAUAAGGACACUACGGGGAUCCUCCAUGCUUUCCCUCCAUGUGAUUUCUCUCAGCAGUUCCUUGAUUCCACUGCCAAAGCUCUGGCCAAAAGCGAAGAAGACUAUCUGGUCAUGAUUGUGGUCCGAGGUGCAUCUUAA